AUGAUGAACAUUUUGCAUUCAUCUUCACCUUUCAUCCCACCUAAUCAGUCGGCCCCACUACUACAACCAUUGGUGAAGUCGCCACCUCUUCAUACCUUUGUUUGCCGUUCCAAGUCUCAGCUUUCCAUUUACAACUCAAUUAAAUUCCCACAUACUUCAUCAAAAUCCUCAAGAUCACUUAAAUUUUCUAUUCACUCUACAGUUCCUUCUAGUUAUCCUGUAACAGAUUUUGUAGUCCAUUUCGAAGAUUUUGUGGAGAAAGAUUGGUCAUUUCUUGAUGCCGACGAAACAAAAGCCGAUCAGGAGCAUAUGAAGAAGAUUGACCGAAUCAUAUCUGCCGGAAAAAUCGAGGAGACCUCAAGGGUUCUGGUUUCAGUUGGUUCUGAAGCUUUUGUGGAUAGAGUGGUUUGCUCAUCACCUUGUGAACAGUUGUUUGUCAUUCACGACUCUCUUUUAACUUUGGCUUGCAUUAAGGAAAAGUACGAUGAGGUCAAAUGUUGGCAAGGAGAGUUGGUAAAUCCACCUUUGAAAUGGACGAACUUUGAUGUCGUGUUUCUCUAUUUUCUCCCAGCUUUGCCCUUUGAGCUUGAUCAGGUUCUUGCAGCUCUAGCUGGCCGUUGUUUGCCAGGCGCAAGAGUUGUGAUAAGUCACCAGCAGGGAAGGCAAGUGGCAGAAGAUCAACUAAAGCAAUACCCAGACAUAGUGGUUUCGAGUCUGCCAGAGAAAAUGAGUUUACACAAUGCUGCAGAUAAGCUUUCAUUUGAAGUGGUUGAGUUUAUCGACGAACCGGGCUUUUACCUUGCUGUUUUAAGAUUUAAUGUGGCUUUGGAUAAAUAG